UGGGUCACGUCAGCACAGCUCCGAUUAGUUACUGGGUGCUUGUUCUCUCUCUUACCCCCCAUGGCGUCCACCCUCAUCGGACGAUAUAACAGCCAGUACUUGGCGUGGAGCCGGCAACGCCGUGGUUCGCCAGGAGCGACCACACCACGGCAGCAGCCCGGGGUCCAGCCGCACCCCACCGAUGUGUACGAUCUCGUCGGGCAGCUUAACGCCCAAGCGAGGGCGCAGGACGGCGCGGAGGCGGCCAAGGAUAAGAAGAAGCAAGAGACGUUGUUUGGCCCCAACAUCGGGAUCGUGAGCAGUGGGCCGGACUGGACGUGCGCGAAGGAGAAGGAGACGAAGGACGAGCUUACCUUGGACACCGUCAAGAACUGGAUAGUGAAGAGCAAGGAGGGAUCCCAUCCUACAACGACCCUUCAGGCGUUGGUAAACCUCAAACGUCCCACGCUCCGCCUCACUCCGCUCGAGAAGCAGGCCGACGACGAGACGCACGACCACCACCACGCCCUCGAAUUUGAGUACGACUGUGAUGCACCAAAGUGCGCCAUUGACGUCUCCGUCGUCCUCGCGGCCGACGCCCCCGCCGAUCCAAAGGACCUCACCCGCGUGCCCGUGUUCAAUAUGACGACCGACGGGGGCUUUGGCCGGCGUCUCACGCUCGACGACGGCGCUAUCCUCGAGCUCGGACAUUUCGAGCACCACGCCGGACACGAUGCGCAGCCUUCCGCCGGAUCCGCCCCGUCCGAUCCCACGGGAGCCACCAACCCGCCGGACCCCACCGCCCCCUCUGCCAGCACCCACACCACCGCUGCCAACGGCACCGCGGACGCGCAAAGCCAGGCUGCGCGCAGGCGUCGGUUCAGCCACUUCCACAUUCGCCGACGCACCGGUCGCGGGCACGCCAAUCGUUCGAUCGCCGGGCCGGCGCUUGCGGUGGUGGACGCCGAAGCCGGAUCCUCGGGCGCACAGCAAGGGGGUGGCAGUACGAAAGAUGCAAAGGGCACGCAGGACGACGAGGGCGUGAGGGUCGUCAUUACCCUCCGCGCGCUCGACGCCGAAGGCGUACCGCUCUCGUCCCCGAACGAGCAGGCUACAUACCUGCAUGUCGUACGGUUCGGACAUGGUCCCGCCCCUGCGGCCGAGGGGGAGGAGCAACAGGAAGUCGAGGACACCCGCCCGUGGGUCGUCAAGGUCGUCAAGCGCGAGGCGAUCAUCGGCCCGCACACGUUCCAGCUGCACGAGAUUUACGGUCUCUCGUCCUACUCCAACACGCCGUCUCACCCGGUAUCCACCCCCGCGCCCGCGCCUGCAGCCGAAAACGCCGCCGCCGAACCACACACCUACCCGCCCACCUCGCCUGCCCCCGCUCCGCCGGCGGACGACGAACCCUCGUCAGAAUGCCUGCUCUGCCUGUCCUCGCCGCGCGAGGUCGUGCUCCUGCCGUGCCGCCACCUCGUCGCGUGCAAGGACUGCGCGAUCAACAUGGUCGAGUUUGGUGCGGGCGGCACGAUUGUCCAGCCUGAAGAACCCGUCGCGGAGGCGGCCGGCACCAGCGGCGAGGGUGGUGACGGCGCAAACGGCGCCACUACCGCCGCCCCUGCUGCACCGGCCCCAGCGCCGUCCCAGCCGCGUCGAAAGCGCAAGGCGAAGGGCUGGUUCUGUCCCGUUUGCCGUCAACCAUAUACCUCUCUGCUCCGUAUCACGACCACACCUCCAGCGGUGACGGAGAAGAGCCAGCCGGCCGAGGAUGCGGCAGCACCGGCCUCACCCGCCCCUGCCGCUGCAACGGAAACGCCCGCCUCUCCACCCGUCUCGACCGGCCCUCUGUCGUCGCUCUCUCGUCCGGGAUUCUUGCGCGGCCUCUCUCGUGGCGUCAGCCGCAACCCGGCGCCUUCGUCGACGUUGCCGCCGGACCUCGAACGGGGAGCGGCCCCCGCCGAGAAUCCCGCAUAACCCAUGCCCCCUCUCGCUUGGUUUAGAUGUGUACUAGUAUAUAAUGUGUCUCACGUAGGUUACCCCAUGCCUUUCCUUACGUUUCGACGUCUAUGCAGCUGUACUCUUGAUACACAGGUGUUGCAAUGGACGGUUCAUGACUUCC